UUGAUGUAAUAUGAGCAUGGCGUGCAAGAACUAAACAAAUACCAGCACAGACUGUCACAUCUCGUCUGUUUCCCCCACUCACUGUGCUGGAGCUGGAAACUCCGCCAGAAUCCACUUCCAUCACCAUUCUCUAUAUUUUGGAGGCCCGGCGCCCAGACCUUUCAUUCUCACCGUUCUCCUCCAUCGGCGGUUGAAUCCCCCGGGAAUUUUUGACCGACCCCGGGAAAUGGACUUUUGAAACCUUCGAGAACAGAGAGCCAAGCUAUCUAUCCUAAUGGAGGAUUCCGGUUGCUCCGUUUCACUCUCUAACCUCAUCUGCCAAGAGGAUGGAUCAACUCUUCUUCUUGGCGAUGAUGAUGAAGAGGAAAAGAGUGAUAUGGUAACGGUUUACAACAAUGGCAGUAUUUUCUCUGAAACAGAGGAGGAUGACUACAUCGACAUGCUGGUCUCCAAAGAGACUGCCUGCUUUGAGAGCAGAACAUAUGAUGACUCCUCCGAAGAUUGGCUGAAAUGUGCUCGCUCCGAUGCUGUCAGAUGGAUUCUGAAAACCAAAGGUUACUUUGGCUUCUGCUCAAAGACGGCAUAUAUGGCUGUGACUUAUCUCGAUCGGUUUCUCAUGCAUCGAAGAAUCGAUGAUGAGAGAAAGAUUUGGGCUGUGCAAUUACUGUCGGUGGCUUGUUUGUCCCUCGCAGCAAAGAUGGAGGAAUGCAAGGUCCCGGCGUUGUCGGAGUUCGGAUUAGAAGAAUAUGAUUUCAAGAGCAGUGUGAUACAAAGGAUGGAGUUUCUUGUUCUGAAUACAUUGGAAUGGAGGUUGAAUUCAGUGACUCCAUUUGCAUUUUUAAGUUAUUUUGCCUCCAAGUUGCAAGAACACAGAUGGAAUGAUUUGAUGGCAAAAGCCACUGGAUUUAUCUUUGCAGCAGCUACUGAAGUGAUGAAUUUAGGGGAUUAUCGCCCAUCGGUCGUAGCAGCUGCAGCAAUUCUGGCCGCAUUCGAUGAAAGAUUAACUCAAAAUUUAGCUGAGUUUAAGAUGAGAAUAAUCUCACUACGUGGAUCAUUGGAGACCGAGCAUGCGUUCUCCUGCUAUCGCCUGAUGAUUCAGGAGUCACACAAGGAGAAGGUGAAACCAUCAAAGAACUUGAUUUCCUGGGAUCUAUCGACAACCAAUAGUUCUGUUGAUGCAAUUGCCACCACCUCUUUCACAGCAAGAAGCAGUAAGAGGAGAAGGUUUGAAUCGCAACAUGUCGAGUAGAAAUCUGAUGGACUUGAGAUGGAGUUCAGAGACCCAGGCACUGGUUUUUUUUUUAAACUGUCAAUGGAGCAUGAUUUGAUUCUCUACUUAAGUACAAUUUCUAAUCGAUGGAUGGCUUAGCUUGAAAAGGUUUGGUUUUGAGUUUUGGAGGACAUCUUUCUCACACCAGGUAGUGUAAAAAGAAGGGAAAAAGCAGAAAAAAAGGCAAAAGCUAUAGCUCAAAGUUAGAAAAAAAAAAAAAAGGCUGACUGAAGUUUUUAAGAGAAAAAAAAGCUCCGAGGAGAUCAACCACAACAGGCCAUAGCAGAGUGAUUUUUGUGAAUUGGAUUGCAUGGAGUCCUUUUGGUUUAUAAUCUUUGUUAUUCAUUCAUGAAUGCUUACCAAUAUUCAUUGUAAUUCCUUUACUGUAUUUGUUUUCCUGAUGUGUGAUGUGGUGAGACCCAUGGGACCAGUGGAGGGAACCUUGUAAAGAGUAGGAUAUGAAGUCCCAUUGCCAUCCACUUGGGUUGGUGGUGUUUGGGAUGCUGUCAUGAGUCUUUGAAAGGACUUUAAAGAGGUGAGAGAGUGCUGGUAUGAUCAGAUGCACUUGGGUUGCAUGCUGGCCAGCUGAAAGCUUGUAAAGUGGGUGAAACUGUGACUGGAUUUUGCUUGAGUCCUUGGAAAUGAGAUGAUGCCGCCUUUAUUGUUU